AUGCGGAUCCGCAGGUGCGCCUCCCGCCUGCUUGGCUCCGCCGCAGCCGCACCCGCCAUCAGCUGCUCCUCCGCUGAGCCGCCGCGAUUCGAGCUGCCCCCGCUCGCGCCGCCGGCCCCGGCCCACGAAUCCCGGCCCGGCUUCGUGGCGCCCGAGGCCUCCUCCUGCGGGGAGCCCUGCUGCGAGCUCAGCCGGUCGCCGUGGGACCUCAUGGACCAGCUCGACCUCUCGGAUCCCCAGGUGGAGAAGCUGUUCGAGGAGACUCACUUCCGAAGGAGACCAGCUUUUCUACUCUCGGGUGUAGUUUGCGCACUGUUUGAGCAUUGUUUGAGCAUUGAUUUUGUUUUUUUUUUUGUGAGAGCUCCUUGGAUGUUGUUUUUAGCUGAAACUUUGCAAAAAGUUCAAACACUUGAUGAAGCUUGUUGUCUCAAGGAUUUCAGAUUUUUUGGACCUUGUUUUAUCACAUUUUUCAAAGUUUUGCAAACUCGGGUGUACCUACACCUGAGAGUAGCCACAACUUUCCCCUUCCGAAGUGUCACCUGGCGAUCUAGCUGGCUAUUCCUACCCAGCAUGCCUGCAUUCGGCUCUAUCAAGGAGGACCAGGCGCAGGAGGACAUGUCCGAUGAGGUUGAACUGCACAUUGCUGCAAAAAAGACAGCCAGAGAGAAGAAUGAGCGCAAGCUGAAGAAAAAUAAGGGGGUGAAACUGAAGAAAGGAGUCUGGACGUGCAGGAAGAACGACGGCAAGGGUUGGUUCUGCCGGCGGCUCACGAGAGAGCCCAACUCAUACUGCUCGUACCACUCGGAUCAGAAGCUGAAGCCCCCCGGCAGCGAGAAGCCACAUAGGAAGAGAGCCCCGGUCAACGUCGGCGAGGAGUUCUACUACUAUGCGGGGUUCGGCCCCGGCACCAAGAGGUGCCGCACGUCAAGCAGCGACAGCGUGCCGGAACCUCCACUGCCUGCUGAACCACUGAAGGAGGAGGCACCGUCCGAAAUGCAACUUGAUUUUAGUGCAGGCCAGGCACAAGCGAACAAAUCAGACCAUCAAGCGGUGCUCCCACCAUCAGCACAUGUCGCCGACGAGCCUACUCUCAACGAUGGCACUGCUAGGAUCCGCAGUGAUGGUGACGUGCCGGAACCUCCACUGCCUGCUGAACCACCGGAAGAGGAGACGUUGAAAGAGGAAGCACCACCCGAAAUGCAACUUAAUUUCAGUGCAGGUCAGGCACAAGCUGAUGGCUCAGACUAUCAAGCAGCGCUAGUAUCAGUAAGUGUAGUCAACAAGCCUACGCGCAACAACGGCACCGCUUGCAUCGCGGGCUGGGAUGAGGAGAGCAGCAACGACGACAUGCUUGGCCGCAAUGGCGAACAACCCCGCGACAUCACCAAGAGGAAGAGCCCGUUGAAGAAGAGGUGGAGAAAGCCUGUGAAAGCCCGGUCGCUCAAGUCACUAAUGUUGUAGUGCCUGGGUCUCGCUGGCUUCGGAUUACCUAGCUGGGCUCCAUCGGCGGUUUAUUAUAGUUUGCUCAGCCUAGUCUUCUCCUGUUUUGGUGCGGAGUUACCGUACAAUGUACAAACUGUCUGAAUUUUUUGGUGUGCUGUUUUAACUGUCAGUGCAUCGCUGGCUGAUGUAAGAACUGCAUAAACUGGUUUCUUAAAAGGUGUCUUGUCAUCGUGAUGGAUGAGAUGCAGCAGUCAUUGUUUAGUUGCGGA